AUCAAUAAAAUGGACCUCGUUGUAUUGGUAAAAUUGUUGAUUAAUUUUUUUUAUUCAGCUAAACUUUCUAUACAGUGGUUAUCCACUUGAUUUGGAAAUUUUGAAACUUUAUAAAAUGCAUUUUGAAAGGAAGAUGGCAAUAUAAUAAACUUAGUUAUGGUAGUCACAGUUGCAAGUUGUUUUUUUUUUAGUAAGACUAUAUAACAAUUAAAGUUAGAACUCGAUUAAAAUUGAUGCGUCACGUUGUAACUGUUUAUUGUAAGAUAUUAUCAUCACUUGUCAUUUUCAUGUCAUCAUUAUUAAUCUUAUACAAAGUUACAACCACUUGUCUGAGAGCUUUACUUUUCGCAAUGCGAAAACAAAAAUAUGUUUUCAUAUUUUGAACAAAAUUCUAAACAAAUUUUAAGUAAAAGUCUGGUUUAAUGUUAAAAUAAAAAGAUACAAUUUGGUGUGUUUUAGAUAUUUGAAUUGGCAAGUUUAAAUUUCGCUCUUUUGACAUUAAUCUAAUGUAUGUUUAUUUAAGUUUAAUUUAAUGUUGUUUCAAGUUAUUCAGAACAAAUAAAUAUUGAUUUGAUUUCGAAAAACUAACAACCCAUUAAAACAAAAAAGAUGUUUAGGUUUUACGAUAAUUUUAUUGUGAUUUAAUAAAAUAAACAAAAUUCCUAAUCAUAUUUUGUGGUUAUUAUAAGAAUAUCACAACUUUAAAAUUCGGAUAAAAGCUUUGAAAUAAUUAUUAUAAUUUUUUUAAUGUAAUUUGUAUUUUAUAUAAUAAUGCUUAAAUAUAUACCAAUUUAGAGCGGAAAUGUUUCUUCUUAGCAUAUUUAAAUGUAUUAGAAAAUAACACAAACAUAACCUUCUUUUUUUAACGAAUAGAAAUGUUUUUAAAGUGAUUAGCUUUCUAAGCAAUAUAUGGUCCGCCUGUUUACUUUAUUAUUAUUUAUUUUUAUUUAAAUGAAUAUCAGGCAGCAUACUUUGAUUUAGGAAUGAAAGAAGAAAAUCCUGUCAAAAAAUUGAAGGUUUAUUCAAAGAAAAAUCCUACCGAGGCUAAAGUGUUCACAAAAGAAGAGGUAACCUGGUUUUGCAUAACAUAAAACUAACUGUUUAAAUGCAAAAUGACAACAAAAAAAGGACAGUGAAUUUAUAUAUUUUUCUUUUGGUCGUAAUAAAUGAUUAUUUAAAAUAUAAAAUACUUCUUUUCAUUUUAAGGAAUAACUUUUUUCAAAUAUUUUAAUGAUAUAAAUCUAUUGAAUUUAAAGUUUGAAUUAGUCAACAUUUUUCAAAUUCAUUAAUAUCAAUCUAUUUAAUGAACACAGAGCAGCAGAAUAUUAGGUCCUGGAACCUAUAAGGAAGUUGUAAUCAGAGUUUACAGCAGAUCUUUAAAAAAUAAUAAAAAGAAUGCUCUUUAUGAGGCUUCCAAAAAGUGGUUUUCAAAGUGGAACUGCAAAGUUGAAAGGAAACAAAGUGGAGAAAAGUAAAUUUUAUUUUUUAUGUAUCUAUUUAGUAAAAUUUAAUAAAUGUAGGCCUUCUGAAAUUAAAGAUUAAUUAUCCAAUUAAUUGUUUAAGUAUUGUUAAUCCUUAAAGUAGUGUUCAAAUAUUUAUUGAAUUCCAAAAUCUCUGCCAAUCACGAAAACAUCUUCUGGAAGUGAGGAGGCAAUAAAGAUAGUAGUCAAUGUAAAACGGCCAUAGAAAGUUAUAAUUUUUGUUUAAUUUCUUUGUUAAAAAAUAUAUGUCUAAAUUAUUUUUUUAAAUACUGUAGGGAAUGGAAGGAGCCUAGAAUUACACAAUCACCCCUUGAUUUACUAGCGACAACUGCAAAUGGAAACGCAGACAAUUGACCUCAUACUAUUGUUAUAUGAUAGUUUGUGAAUGACUAUAUAAAGGAACUCGUGAAAAUGUAAUUUUAAAUUGUGUGAUUUGGUCAGAUUGUGUGUUUAUUGUGAAAAUUUAAAUUAACAAUAGCCCUAAGGAUACAAUUUAAAGGAAUUUAUUAAUGUUUGUGUUUAUUAAUUUAUGGGCAUACAUGUUCAAAUGAAUAGUUAAGUCAACACAAUCCUUAAUUAACGAUGAAUAUUCCAUAAGAAAGCGUUCAGCUAAAAGGUAGAACAUAUAUUCUUUCAUAAAUGCUUUAAAUCGUCCAUACAAUUUAUGGGAAUUGACAUCAUUACAUUGAAACAUUUUUGUUUUAUUUGGGACUACACAACGUGUGGAGAGGCACUGAAAGUUGAAGCUGACUCUUGUGAGGGAAAACGUACUGCUGAAUUCCAAUUAAAGCUCACUACAAGAGCAAUCAUAACUGUCUCAAAUAUCACCAAGACACACAAAAAAAGACUUGUUCAUUUCUGCUGAUUAUUAGAUUUAUAAUGCUUUGUAAGCUUAGUUAACACAAAUUUUAUUUGAUGACAUUGCAGUGCUUACUUGUUAAGUGCAGCAAAAAUAGAAAUUUCCAUCUAAUAUUCACAAU